GUACCACUAGUACUACUAGUACUACUACUACUACUAGUAGUACUGCUACUUGUACUACUACUACUACUAGUACUACUAGUACUACUACUACUACUACUACUACUACUACUACUACUACUACUACUACUACUACUACUACUACUACUACUACUACUACUACUACUACUACUACCACUACUACUACUACUACUACCACCACCACUACCACUACUACUACUACUACUACUACUACUACUACUACUACUACUACUACUACUACUACUACUACUACUAGUACUACUACUACUACUACUACUAGUACUACUACUACUAGUACUACUACUACUAGUACUACUACUUGUACUACUACUACUACUACUACUACUACUACUACUACAAAUUCCACAAAAACAUUUCCAUCACUAAAACAACUCAGCAUUUUAUUUGGUUUAAAAUUGAGAAUCGUUUUCUAAAUUCAGGGAAGAUUAUUUACGUCUGUGGUGUCUAUAUACCCCCCUGUAACUCAAAAUACUUUGAUAACGAAAUUUUUGAUCAGCUAGAACAAGACAUAGUACGUUAUUCUUCGAAAGGAUCAAUAAUUCUCAUGGGUGACUUUAACUCGAGAACCGGGAAAUACUCUGAUACUGUCUCAAAGGAGGGAAACAGUAGAAUUAGUAAUGAUCAGUCGGAAUCUGCUUUCCAGCCAACUCAAAGAAACAGUUUUGAUAAUUUUUUAAAUAGCCAUGGGAAACGGCUGUUGCAAAUUUGUAAAACCUUUGACCUAAGAAUAGUUAAUGGCAGAGUUAAUGGAGAUACCCCAGGCAGACCCACUUUUCAUGGAAAAAACGGAACGAGGGUUAUUGAUUAUCUAAUAUGUGACCAUUGUACAUUUCUCAACGUUGCAAAUUUUGUUGUUAAACAGCCAUCUUAUUUAUCGGAUCAUAGUGCCAUCGUGGCAUGGCUCAAUCUUAACACCAGGUUAAUUGGAGACGAAAUGCACACUCCCAAUAGUAGCAAUAGAUUAUCAAAAUUACCACGGCAAUUUUGCUGGGAAGUUGACUCACAUUUAAAAUUCAAAAACGCACUGCGCACGGAACCAAUCCAAAUUCUAAUUAGACAAUAUAUGGAGAGAAACACCGAAGAUGUGAAUAUCUCCUUAGAAAACGCUAUGAAAAUUCUAACUGAGAGCUCCAAGCUAUGCCUAAAAAUUAUAGCUAAGAAAACUUAUAAGCGUAUUAAGAAAUCAUCCAACAAGAAAUGGUUCGACUGUGAAUGUCGCUUGAAAAGGCAUGAAUUACGAAAAGUCUCAAAUGAAAAGCACCGUGACCCCUCAACCCGAAGUGCGGGAAAGAUAUCACAAAACCUUGAAUGAUUACAAAAAAGCUCCUAGGCACAAAAAAAGAGGAUUCCACAAAGAAAAAACAUUACAACUCGACGAACUAGCUUUUAAAUCCUGACAAGGCGUCAUUUUGAAUUGUUUAAAUUCGAUGAGCGACACUUUCAACGAAAAUGUUCCUGCCCCAAUCUCGGAAGAAUCAUGGCUUCACCAUUUCAAAUCUCUGCAUUCUAUUGACCCGACGAAUUCCACGCAUGAACAUGAAAUCCAUAGGGAACUAAAUUUUAGAACACGAAAAGGAACAGUUUAACCAUCUCGAUUAUGAGAUAACUGAGAGGGAAAUACGUCAAGCGGCGAAGAAAUUGAAAAAUAAGAAAUCACCAUUUGUUGACAAAAUACGAAAUGAAAUGAUCAAAGCAAGCCUCGAACCACUAAUGCCUGUCUAUGUCAAACUUUUUAACCUCAUUUUACAAUCCGGAAAAAUGCCAGAUGUUUGGUGUCAAGGCCUCAUAACCCCAAUUUACAAGUCUGGUGACAAGAGUGAUCCAAGAAAUAACAGAGGCAUAUGUGUUUCUAGUUGCCUUGGAAAACUGUUCUGUUCUAUUUUAAAUCGAAGACUUCACUUGUAUUUUGAGGAAAAUAAGAUAUUACAUAAUUCCCAAUUGGCUUUUUUGCCUGAAAACCGCACUGCAGACCAUGUUUUCACCUAAGGACCCUAAUAGAUAAAUAUGUGCAUUAUCACAAGGAAAAAGUCUACGCUUGUUUCGUAGAUUUCGCAAAGCGUUUGACUCUGUUUGGCACGAAGGAUUGUUUUAUAAGCUGCUAAAAUGAAUAUAGGAGGAAACUUGUACAACCUCAUGAAAAGUCUUUAUUGCAACUCGACAUGUUCCAUCAAUAUCGGUGAAAACAAAACACAGCCUUUUUCAUAUUCCAGAGGUGUACGUCAAGGCUGUAUUUUAAGCCCUUUUAUUUAACCUCUAUUUAAACAAUCUACCACUUUUAUUCGAAAACACCUUAUCUGACCCAUUUGUUCUCCCAAAUGGGAAAAAAAUAAAUUCACUUUUCCUACGCAGAUGAUUUUAGUUAUUCUAUCAAGAUCGAAAACUGGAUUACAGAACUGUUUAAAUGCGCUUUUUUGUAUUGUGACAAAUGGAAGCUAAAAUUGAUCCCAAGAAAACAAAAAUU